UUUCCUAGCUGUCGUGUUGUCACGAAAAUCAUUAAAUUAAGGUUUAUAAACUAGUAUUUUAUCAUUGUUAAUAAAUGAAAAGUUAGAUAAUUAGUGAUAACCGCGAUGGGUAGAGGAAGAGCGGAUCCCGAUAGGUUUACCGUGACGAAAGAUGCACUGUUGCCGGGCGUGUUUUUCGCUCUACUUGUUCGGUGGUGUGUGGCUUCCUAUCCUUACUCUGGGUACAAGAAACCGCCCAUGUACGGUGAUUUUGAAGCUCAGAGACACUGGCAGGAGAUAACCGUGCACACUCCGGCAGCGACGUGGUACUUUAACACGACCCAGAAUGACCUUCAGUACUGGGGACUGGACUACCCGCCUCUGACUGCCUACCACAGCCUAUUGAUGGGGAAGGUAGCGGACUGGAUCGACCCGGAAUCUGUGCGGCUAUUCGCGUCGAGAGGUUAUGAGAACGAAUCACACAAAACGUUUAUGAGAUGGACUGUUUUCUUGAGUGAUGUGUACUUCUACGUGUCUGCCGUGUUAGUGAUAUGUAUAGACGCUGAACGCGUGAAGCCCAAAGAGGUUGUCAAUGUAUUCAAACGGACUGACUUAUCUACUAUUUUAUUCUUGUUGUAUCCGGGUUUGAUUCUCAUAGACCAUGGCCAUUUCCAGUACAACUGUGUGUCUUUAGGAUUAUUUUUAUGGGCUACAUUUUAUAUUGUGGCUAUAGAGAAUGAUGUUUUAGCAACUAUAUUCUUUGUCCUAGCUUUAAACUAUAAGCAGAUGGAAUUGUACCAUGCAUUGCCGUUUUUCUUUUAUUUGUUACGGAAGAUAUUUAUAGACCUUCCACACAGGAGUAGAACAGCUCACCUUAUACACCGUUUCAACAAGCUGGCUAUCUCAGUGAUUGCCACUUUUAUUAUCAUCUGGUAUCCGUUUUUUGGAUCAUGGGAGAAUAUUUUUCAACUAAUUCGUAGAUUGUUCCCACUUAGCCGAGGGGUGUUUGAAGAUAAAGUAUCAAAUGUGUGGUGUGUGGUUAAUGUGUUUAUCAAAUUGAAAACUUACUAUUCAAAUGAAGAAAUGGCAAAGACUUGCCUUAUAACUACAGCGUCAGUGGCACUUCCGUCUUGUGUAGAUUUAUUCUUCCGAAUGAACAGGAAGAAGUUUGUGCUAAGUCUUAUCAAUGUGUCAUUAGCCUUCUUUCUAUUUUCGUUCCAAGUUCAUGAGAAAACAAUAUUAUUAGCGGCCAUUCCGGUGGCUGUUCAUUUUCCCGAAGACCCGUUCAUGUGUUUCUGGUUCCUAUUAGUGUCUACAUUCAGUAUGCUUCCUCUACUAUUAAAAGAUGGGUUGCUGCUGCCAUUCAUCGCUACAAACAUAAUCUACGUUAGUUUCUAUAGUAUAACUUUGAAGUUGGCGAUGCCCAAUGCAGGCUUUUUUACAUUCUUUAAUGCUAAGAAGGUUUACAACGCGAUACACCCAGAAAAGAUGGAAAACUCGGUUCUACUUAAGCUUCUCAGUGUCAAUUUCUUCUUUUCUGUCCUGGGGAUGGUAGUUUUAACCGGUGCCUCGGUUUACGUUACACCUCCCCCUCAGUUCCCUGAUUUGUUCCCGCUGCUUAUUUCUGUAUAUUCCUGUUCUCAUUUCUUGUUAUUCUUUUUCUACUAUUAUUACACGCAGUUCCAUUUGCCAAUAUGUCUGCCAACAACUGUUAAGGUUAAGAAGUAAUGUAAUGUGGUUCAUAGUUUUUAACAUUCCAUUUUAACUAAGUAAAUGCAUCAAAUUUUA